UUCACAAACAGCUUUUAGGAAAACAGAGAGGAAGAAGAGAGAGACUCAAAAACCCUUUUUAGGGAGAGAAAGAUAAACAGCUUUAUUUAUUUAUUUAUAUUUAUAUUUAUAUAUAUUUAUUUUUUUUCUGUUUAUCUACUUAUUUUAUUAUUGUUUUAGAUUUAUUGGAGAGGAGAGAGAACUCUGCCCCUAGAAAAAUGCAUUCAGAUAAGGACUUGUGCUAGUACUAGUAGUAAAUACCAACUCUCUCUUUCCCACACACAUACAAUGCCCUCUUCUUCUUUCUCUUUCUUUCUCUGUGCAUUUUCACAGAGUCUUUAAUUUCCCAGAAAAAAAACUGUUCGACCUUUAGUGCCUUCUUCUUUGGACUGGACCUCUCUCUUUUUUUUGAGUUCCAUUUUGCUUUCCCAUAACCAAAUGCUUCAACCUUUCGUUGUUUUGAGAGAGACCCAGUGAGAAAAGGUUCGACCUUUAAACUUAAAACCCCCAUAGUAGAAACCAAAGAUUGUCUCUCUGUGUGUGGAAAGUCUUUUUCUUCCCACAUUUCUCCUUUCUUGUUUGUCUUGUUUGAUAAGAGGGAGAGAAGAUGUUCGAGGGUUAACUCUGCACAAAAAUUGGACCUGUUUCAGUGUCUCUUCUUUUAUCUUCAACACCAAGCCUUUUGGUUGCCUCUUAUUCGUUUGAGUUUGUCACUGUAUCAAACAUUCAGAGUUUCUUCCUUGGGUUGAAAGUUUGGAGUAGAAAUUUCUUCUGAUAAUUAAUUCCUCGGUUAGUAGAAGUAAAUGCAUGGAUCGGCGGGACCCUAUGGCUUUGUCUGGGUCUGCAUCUUAUUAUACACAAAGAGGGAUAGCUGUCUCUGGCUCAGGAACACAAUCUGGGUUACAUGCAUCACCAGGCAUGCAUCCCAUGUCUAAUCCGAAUGUAUCAUUUCAAUCAAAUAUGGGGGGCAAUACUAUUGGAUCCACAUUACCGGUAGAGCCUUCAUCAGCAAUGUCACCUCAUGCUGGUGUUAAUAUGGGUGCACCAUCUAUGGUGCCAUCAGGUGAGCCUGCGAAAAGGAAAAGAGGAAGGCCUAGGAAAUAUGGUCCAGAUGGGACUGUGUCACUGGCAUUGUCACCUUCACCUACUAGUAAUCCUGGAAUGGUAACACCAACCCCAAAACGAGGUAGAGGACGGCCACCAGGGACCGGGAAGAAGCAACAAUUAGCUUCUCUUGGUGAAUGGCUGUCUGGUUCGGCUGGGAUGGGAUUUACUCCACACAUUAUCACCGUUGCAGUUGGAGAAGACAUCGCAACAAAAAUUAUGUCAUUUUCACAGCAGGGACCAAGGGCUGUAUGUAUUUUGUCAGCGAAUGGUGCAGUCUCUACUGUGACACUUCGUCAGCCUUCAACAUCCGGUGGUACUGUCACAUACGAGGGGAGAUUCGAGAUAAUUUGUCUAUCAGGGUCUUAUUUGCACACUGAUAGUGGUGGUGCUCGUAAUCGAAGUGGUGGUCUGAGUGUCUCCCUUGCCAGUCCUGAUGGUCGUGUUAUCGGUGGAGGAGUAGGUGGAAUCCUCAUUGCAGCAAGCCCUGUCCAGGUGAUUGUGGGGAGCUUCUUGUGGGGCGGUUCAAAGACGAAGAACAAGAAAAGGGAAGCUCUUGAAGGUGCUACAGAUUCUGAUCACCAAACAGUUGACAAUCAAGCUGCUUUGAAUAGCCUGGCACCGAACCAAAACCUGACUCCGACGUCUUCAGUGGGUGUUUGGCCGGCAUCACGAGCAUUGGAUAUGCGUAACACCCAUGUCGACAUUGAUUUGAUGCGUGGGUAACAGUUAAUUUUCUGCUGAGCAGUGUAUAUAUAUUUCAGUUAAUCGGCUAGCCGAAUCUUUAUUAUUUUUCUUCCUGAGAAUUGAGAAUUUACCUGAUGACAAGAAUGAUGGAAAGCCAAGCUGAUGAUUCUGGCCUUUUGAUUUAAAAUUCUAACUCCAAAUUGCCCAUGUUAGACAAAUGGGAUGUACUCAUAUUUUUUUCUCUCUAGUUUACUGGAAUUUUUUUAGUUUAAAAAUGUAGGUGAAAUUAUUUUUAUUA